AUGACUUUGGAAGGAAAAAACAUUCCUAAACCAAUCACUUCAUUCCAAGAAGCUAAUUUUCCAGUCACUAUCUUUCAAGUUUUAGGUGAUUUAGAAACAUUGAAGAAGAAAACCUUUGUCAUUAAAGAGGGUAUCCAGUAUCGUAUACGAAUAGACUUUUAUGUCCAAAGAGAGAUUGUAACAGGCCUCAAGUAUGUGCAGAAAAUUUUUAGACAUGGAAUCCAAUGUGACAGCAUUUCUAAUAUGGUUGGAAGCUAUGCUCCCAAGAAAGAAAUACAGUCUUAUACCACUCCAUUGGAAGAUAUGCCAUCUGGGAUGCUAGCAAGAGGAAAUUACACAGUGAAAUCACUCUUCACGGACGACGACAAAAGUGAACAUUUGAAAUGGGAGUGGAGUUUUGAAAUAAAAAAAGAAUGGAAUGAUUGAGGGCGGUUUACGGCAUGGACUCUCUUAUCUACUUUCUAAACAUUGAAUCUGUUAGAUUAAAAAAGCCAGAAUAAUGGCAGUAUUAUGUAAAUUUAUUUUUCUUUCCUUACUGAGCUAGAUAUUUUCCAUUUACAGGAAAUGAAUAUGCAAUGAAUGAUGUGGUAGCUCAAAUCAUGUUUUGUGCCUUAUGCUUUCCGAAUGGCUAAUUUGGCAUUUAUGAUCUUACUACAAAGCAAUCACAUGUUGCUCUUAAUGCACAAUUGUGGUGGUGCUAAGCUUCUGGUUUGUCAAAGUGUGAAAUGGUUUGCCAUGUGACAUUUACUCAAUGUUAAAAGCCAAACUGAAUGAUACUUCCGGACUUCUUCCUAAAUAAAGUGCAAUGAAUCUGUGCAACAAAUCUAAUUGGAAGUUAAUAUGCUUCCAGUACAUUUCUUAAAAAUUAAAAGAUCAUUUUUCUACUAAUUCAUAUGAUUGUGAAAUAAUAAAAAAUACAAACAAAGAAGUGUCUUUUUUUUUAAUAUGAUAAAUGAUUACAAUAUAAUUCUUUUAUCAGAUCCAUAUAUUUAAAGUCUAAAUUGAUUAUCAGAUUUCAGGUAAUACAUUACAUUGUUGUUUUUAUAAAUUUGUUUAUUAAAUUAAAGCACACACAUUUCACAAUUUUGUAAUGCCUUAAUGAUGCAUAUCAUUUCUAAACAAUCUUGUAGAUGUACAGUACAUAAAUGCAAUAUAUGUGUAUGUCUGAUUUGAAAAAUAAAAUUUGUCAAUUAAUUUUUGCCUUGUACAGGUGAUUCCCAAAUGUUUACCAAAUAAUAUGGUAUGAUUAAUAUGUUGAGAAUGAGAUUUAUUUUAAAAAUCAUAUUAAAAAAAAUAGCAUGAGGCAAUUAACAUUCCUUUAUAAUUUUGUUGCAUUAAAAUAAUGAUUUUAAAGUGUCAAAUGCAAACUAUAUUAUUUAUGAAUAGUUAAUUUUGUAUUCAUACUAAUCAUAAGAUCAAUAUUGAAAAUCUGAGCUUUUCAUUGUUAAACUGUCUUUUAAAAAUUUUGAUUUUAUAUACAGAAAAAUAUUUCAAAAUGUAAAAUCUUACUUUUAGCCAUUAUGAUGAUAAAGUUAAUAUUUAAUAAAAGAUUUGUGAUCCACUUCAACUGCAUUUCAGUCCUGUAGACACUAUCAUCUGAGAUAUAGACCUAAUUUUUGAUAGACAAGCUCUUCUCUGCUUGUAUAAGUUUUCAUUAUCUUGUUACAAAUAAACUGGUAAAACUGUU